UUUUUUUUUUUUUAUAUAUAUGAUUUUUAUUCCAUGAGCAAAGCCCACACCCCCCCCCCCCCAACCAAACCCCAAAGCAAAGAUCAUAGCCAUCCAGUAACUCAUGAUAAACAAAAAAAGAAAACUACAAAUACUUGCCACGAGCCCUCCUUUGCUUCCUCCAAGGAAUUCUCUGUAUUUGUUUGGAUCCGUAGAUGAUAUAGACUGUAGCAGCAAAAGCAGGAGCCUCUCUUUUCGUCCAUUUGACAGCAUCAUUACUGGUAAUGUCAAUUUGGAUGCAACUGACUCCUGAUUCCAGGAAUUAAACGGUCAAGAAAUGGUCCAGCUCUGAAGAAUUUGAUCACAAACAUAUUUCAGCUCCUUUUUUCAGUGCAACAAAGGAAAGUGGCUUCUAUUUUUGUCAUCCCUGAUGCUUUCCAGAUUUUUUUAUUCAUUUUUAUUGUUUGAGCCUACCUUUUAGACCAAACCCGCCUCAUAUUUGAGCAUGCUCAAAGAAGAGGACUGGCAAUUGAAUUUAUUCUCAAACUGCAUUCGGAGAGAGAGAGAGAGUUGGAGCUGUGUUGGUUUUGCUUUUGGAUCCUUUUCAAUACUGGGUUUAAUGUUAAGCAAGGAAACUCAUAGAUGUUCUGUUUGGUUUUGUGAUAGCCUGAGCAGACUUUGAAUAGCUUAAUAAGGGAAUAGAAUGAUGGAAGAUUUAUGGACUUUGUUUUGCGGGGAGGCUGAUUGCUCAGAAAAUAAGGGAAAGCCAUGCAGUUCCAGUUUUGUUUCAGUGUCUCAGCCUUCUUCCUGUAUCAACGAGGCAUUAGUCAUCUGUUUCACCAUUCUGCUUUUAUCCAUAUUUUUAUUCACAAUGGUUCGGAAGGCAUCUUUGAGAAUGAUUAAUAUACCAGCUUGCUUUCAAGGCUUUUCACCGUUGCAGAUAAUUUCUGCAAUCGUUAAUGGAGGUCUGGGAUUUCUAUACUUGUGUUUGGGCAUUUACAGUUUUGUGGAAAAGCUGAGAAAAACCCACACAUUUUUACCGCUGCACUUAUGGAUGGAAGCAUUGUUUCAAGGAUUUACCUGGCUGUUGGUUGGCUUAGCAGCCAGCCUUUGGGGGAAACACCUUCCAAAAGCCCCAUUGCAGCUCCUGUGCCUUGCCACCUUCCUGUUUGCAGGAACUCAUUGUUCCUUAUCAAUUUUUGCUGCCAUUGUUAGUGGAGAAAUAUCUGUCAUGACAAUUUUUGAUGCAUUGUCCUUUCUAGGAUCAAUUUUACUGUUAUCAUGCGCUUAUAAGGGCUCCAAGGACGAAGAUAGUGAACAUACAAUAAACUGCAGGGCCCUUUAUGCCCCUUUGAAAGAUGAGACCAGUAACAGAGGGAAAAUUGACUAUGUUACUCCAUUUGCCACGGCUGGACUUUUCAGCAGAAUGUCGUUUUGGUGGUUGAAUCCUUUGAUGAAAAAGGGUAGGGGAAAAACUCUUGUGGACAAGGAUAUUCCCAAGCUACGUGAGAUAGAUCAAGCAGAAAGCUGUUACUCACAGUUCUUGGAGCAAUUUAACCGACAGAAACAGACAGAAUCAUCAUCCCAACCAUCAAUAUUGAGAACAAUUGUUUUAUGCCACUGGAAAGAGAUUUUUGUGUCUGGAUUCUUUGCACUGAUCAAGAUACUCACUGUCUCUGCUGGGCCUCUGCUUCUUAUUGCCUUCAUUGAGGUCGCUGAAGGGAAAGAAGAUUUCAAAUACCAGGGUCAUGUCUUAGCCACAUCACUUUUCUUUGCAAAGAUCAUAGAAUCCUUGUCAGAAAGGCAAUGGUGCUUCCGGAGCAGACUCAUAGGUCUGAAAGUGAGGUCAUUCAUCACAGCAGCCAUUUACAAGAAGCAACUGAAAUUGUCCAAUGCUGCUAAAAUGAAGUAUUCAGUGGGCGAGAUAAUGAAUUAUGUUAACGUAGAUGCUUAUAGGAUUGGCGAACUCCCUUUUUGGUUUCACCAGACGUGGACAAGCAGCCUACAACUCUGCAUUGCUCUAACGAUUCUAUUUCGUGCAGUUGGGCUUGCAACAAUUGCAGCCUUAUUGAUGAUAAUUCUCACCGUGAUUUGCAAUAUACCCCUUGCGAAACUACAGCAUAAGUUCCAGACCAAGCUCAUGGCAGCACAAGACAAAAGGCUCAAAGCUAGUUCUGAGGCUCUUGUGCACAUGAAGGUCAUGAAACUAUAUGCAUGGGAAAUUCAUUUCAAGAAUGUUAUUGAGAAUUUGAGAGAAGUGGAGUACAAAUGGUUGUCAGCUGUCCAGCUGCAGAAAGCAUACAAUGGAUUUAUCUUUUGGUCAUCACCUGUACUGGUCUCUGCUGCUACUUUUGGAGCAUGUUACUUGCUCAAUGUUCCUCUAUAUGCUGCUAAUGUCUUCACAUUUGUAGCAACUUUGCGGCUUGUUCAGGAACCUGUUCGAUCUAUCCCUGAUGUGAUUGCGUCGAUCAUUCAAGCAAAAGUUGCAUUCACUCGAAUUGUUAGGUUCCUUGAGGCACCUGAGCUGCAGAGUGCAAAUGAGCAGCAAAACUGCAAUGUGAAGAAUAUAAAUAGCUCCAUUUUAAUUGAAUCAGCUAUUUUUUCAUGGGAUGAGAACAUAUCCAUGCCAACCUUAAGAAAUUUAAGUUUAGAGGUUAGGCCAGGUGAAAAGGUGGCUGUAUGUGGAGAAGUGGGCUCUGGAAAGUCAACGCUUUUAGCAGCAAUUCUUCAGGAGGUUCCAAAUAUUCAAGGCAUUAUUCAAGUUUCCGGGAAGAUUGCAUAUGUUUCCCAGUCAGCAUGGAUUCAGACAGGAACAAUACAGGAGAACAUUCUUUUUGGGUCAACCAUGGAUGCUCAAAGAUAUGAAGAAACAAUUGAGAGGUGUUCAUUGGCAAAGGAUCUUGAAUUGCUGCCUUUUGGUGAUCUUACAGAAAUAGGAGAGAGAGGAGUUAAUCUGAGUGGUGGGCAGAAGCAGCGGAUUCAACUUGCUCGUGCGCUCUAUCAGGAUGCUGAUAUAUAUCUCUUGGAUGAUCCAUUCAGUGCAGUUGAUGCACACACCGCCACAAGCUUAUUUAAUGAAUACAUUAUGGGAGCACUCUCAAGGAAGACAGUCUUACUAGUGACCCACCAAGUUGAUUUCCUUCCUGCAUUUGAAUCUGUUUUGUGGAUGUCAAAUGGGCAAAUCCUACUAGCAGCUCCUUAUCAUCAGCUAUUAGCCUCAAGCCAGGAAUUUCAGGACUUCAUCAAUGCACAUAAAGAAACAGUUGGUUCUGAAAGGCAUUCUGGGGUUACUUCAGAAUAUAGACACAAAACCUCUGCUGUGGAGAUCAAGACUACUCAUAAUAUUGUGCACAGCUCUAAAGCAUCAAUAGAUCACCAGUUGAUUAAGCAAGAAGAGCGAGAAACAGGCAACACAGGCUUUAAGCCAUACAUACUGUAUCUGAAUCAGAAAAAAGGCCUUUUGUUCUUCUCCAUGGCUAGCAUCUGUCACCUUAUAUUUGUGCUUGGUCAGAUAUCACAGAACUUUUGGAUGGCUACAAGUAUUGAAAAUAGAAAUGUGAGCUCAUUGGAAUUGAUAGUAGUCUACUUGUUAAUUGGAUUGGCCUCGACAGCAUUUCUGCUCUUCAGAUCUUUCUGUUUAGUUGCUUUGGGUCUUCAAUCUUCAAAAUCUUUAUUUUCAAAAUUAUUGAACUCCCUUUUUCGAGCACCAAUGUCCUUUUAUGACUCUACACCUCUGGGACGUAUACUCAGCCGAGUUUCAUCUGAUAUGAGUAUUGUUGAUCUUGAUGUCCUGUUCAGCAUAAUCUACACUGCUGCAUCAACGAUAAAUGCUUUCGUCAAUCUAGGAGUCAUCGCAGUUGUUACCUGGCAAGUUCUUUUUGUCUCCAUACCAAUGGUUUUCCUGGUGACACAUUUGCAGAGAUACUACCUUGCCUCUGCUAAAGAGUUGAUGCGGAUAAAUGGCACAACCAAGUCCAUGGUGGCAAACCAUAUAGCAGAAUCUGUGGCUGGUGCCAUGACAAUAAGAGCUUUCAAGGAGGAACACCAGUUCUUUGUGAAGAAUCUGAACCUCAUUGACACAAAUGCUGGUUCACUGUUUCACAGUUUUGCAGCAAAUGAGUGGUUGAUCCUCCGGUUGGCUGCACUCUGUGCAGUUGUCCUUUCCUCUUCAGCCUUCUGCAUGAUUUUGCUUCCUCCUGGAACCUUUAGCUCUGGGUUUGUCGGAAUGGCUUUGUCUUAUGGUCUAUCAUUGAACAUAUCCAUAGUCUUUUCUAUACAAAACCAGUGCACACUAGCAAAUUAUAUCAUUUCUGUAGAAAGGCUUAACCAAUGCAUGCAUAUACCAAGUGAAGCCCUUGAAGUCAUAGAAGGGCACCAUCCCCCACAAAAUUGGCCAGUUGUGGGCAAAGUAGAAAUUCAUGAUCUGCAGAUCAGAUAUAGGCCCAAUGCACCACUUGUUCUUCGCGGGAUAACUUGCACAUUUGAAGGAGGUCACAAGAUUGGCAUUGUUGGUCGCACUGGCUGUGGGAAGACUACUCUUAUAAGUGCCCUAUUUCGCCUGAUAGAACCAGCAGGAGGGAAGAUUACAGUUGAUGGCCUCAACAUCUCUACCAUUGGACUUCAUGACCUAAGAUCUCGUUUUGGAAUCAUACCACAAGACCCUACUCUUUUUAAUGGGACAGUUAGAUACAAUUUAGAUCCAUUGUCUCGACACUCUGAACAGGAAAUAUGGGAGGUUCUUAGAAAGUGUCAGCUUCAAGAUGCUGUUAAGGAGAAAAAGGAGGGCUUAAACUCUUUAGUUAUGGAGGAGGGAUGGAAUUGGAGCAUGGGGCAGCGGCAGUUGUUCUGUCUGGGCCGUGCUCUGUUGAAAAGGAGCCAGAUUCUGGUUCUUGAUGAAGCAACUGCAUCUAUUGACAACGCAACUGACUUGAUUUUACAGAAAACCAUUAGGAGCGAAUUCACAGAUUGCACCGUGAUCACGGUGGCUCACAGGAUACCAACUGUAAUGGACUGCACUAUGGUUCUCGCCAUUGACGCUGGGCAACUAGUGGAGUAUGACGAGCCAACAAAGUUAAUGAUGAGGGAAGAUUCUCUCUUCAGGCGGCUUGUCAAGGAAUACUGGUCUCAUUUUCACUCUGCAGAUUCCCAUUGAAGCAAAUAAAUUUCUUAUAUGUGCAGCUUCUCUCACUUGAGCUUUCAUGUUAAAAGGGCUCAAGAUUAAUAGAAGCCCAGCAAUACUCCGAGUGGGUGUAAAAAUAUCAAGAGAACCAACUGGUCUCUAUGCAGGCUAAGCAAUCUUUCUCUAAUGCCCUCAAUACCCACAUUAGUAGAGAUUAACUUUAUUGCUAUGGCAAGUUUC